AUGAGUGACAUCAAAGCCCAAGAAGAUCAAUUGAAAUCAAAGUUUGGACAAUUGAAGCCGAAGAAGGGCGCACCGGGUGCAUUGCUAGGCGCAAACAAAGGCAGACAAUACUUUGAUAGUGGUGAUUAUGCAAUGGAGCAAGCAGGCGUAAAGACAUCAUCACAGCCAGUUGGUACGGCUAUACCCAAACCAGAAACCAUUCCUCACUCUUCCCCCGCUUCAAAUUCGAAUAAUUUGUCUUCUUCACCAAAUCAAGGACAGCUGCCUAGGGAAAGGAGAGGAUCUGGAGAAGUUUGA